AUGUCUCUGCAGGACAACAUUGACAGCCUAGUGAAUAUGGGCUUUGACGCAUCUGUUGCGCGUGCGGCGCUUGAGCGGGCCAAUAAUAACAUAGAGGUUGCGGUCAAUUACAUCUACGCGGACUCCUCUGGAGAGUUGCCCUCCUACAGCGAGCAAACCGAGUCGGGGGCCCUGGGGCCCGUCCAGGACGGCCACAGUGCCUCCACGGCGAUCCCAAUUGAGGACGACAUUAGAGAUAAGAUUGCCAGUUAUGGAUAUGGAGCAGAGAAUCAGGAGAUUAGACUGGACUCUGACGAGUCGGAGCACGAGGCUUUGCCCAAAUAUGACGUCUACGACGACAUUUCGCGGUACAUUAGAGCACCAGAAGUGCCUGGAGUUCUGCUUCCCGUGAAAAUAGAUCUUCUAGAGGGCUAUUUUGCGCCACUGCUGAUGAUUCUGAGCAACAUUCCCGCUUUCAGAGAUACGGUUUUGGAGCACGAGUUUGAAGACUAUGGGUACUCGCCGUACUGGUGGAAAAAAGAGCGGUGUCUGUCGAAUCCGGACGUGACCAUGGAGGUGCAGAGACUCGUAGCGUUUUUGUCUUCGGACUCGAAAAGAGCGUUUGCGUCCAUUAGGACGCUAAUUGACGCCAGUGCAAAACUGAUUACAGACGAUUACGAGAGCAUUUCCGAGUUUAUUCAAUUUAUUUACAGCACCAUCAUCGAGCUGUUCGGAAAACUAGGGUGGACAUCCAAGGAGCGGCUGAUGGAACUGUUCACUUCUCAGUUCCAGUUUGAGAACGACGAAACCCAGACACACCGCAUUUUCCCUGUCGAAUCGAAUUACUUCUACAAAGACGUCUACCGGAUCAUGCACUCGCUUUUAUGGGGCAAGGAUUUGAGUCGCAUAGCGCAGCACGGCUUUGUGCGGCUGAGUGAUGUUCUGACGAUCAGCUUUGAAGGAAACGGCGACACUGUUCCUGGUGGUGGCUUUGAGCUCACCGAGGAGUUUUACCCUCAGAUUUACACAUCCGAGUACGAGAAGCUGGUGGUAGAUAAAUUUCAGCGGAUCAACGAGCUGAGAGAAGAGGUGAGCAAGAUCAAUGGGCAGAACAUGCAGCUCAAGGCGUUCAAAGGUAAACGUGUUGCCGCGUUGUUGGAAUCCACCCUCAACCACUUGUCUUCUCUUGGCGAAGACGAAAAGAUCCAGUCGGCGUCCAAAGAGCUCGAAGGAAUAGCCAGCCACAUUCUAGAUCAGAAAACACUAAACACAGACAAGUUGACAGCUCUGAAUAAGGAACGGUCACAGAUGGAUAUCUACAGCAUAGAUUACAUUUUGGGUGAGCAUAAGCCUGACCUGGAGCCUUGGAUUCUCGUGGGCGUCAUUUUAAGCGAGCGGCAAUUCUGCUACAGAACUGAAAAGGGCUGGUACACGUUCGUGUACGAGCUUGAAGAAGGGAAGAAUUUCACCGUCACCGAAUCCACGUUUGACACAAUCAGGGGCCAGAUAAGGGAUUACUCAGCAGACAAUUUCGAAACUGGGAUGGUGCUGCUGUAUGUGAGAAAGUCUCUGCUGACCAGCACCCGGCCAAUAAUCAACGAGAAGCUGAAGCAGUUCAUCAGCACGGACAAUGAGAAGGUGACACAGGACUACGAAGCGUUUAUGUCGCAGCAGCCAAAUAAAAAAGAGGACGCCUACGUGCUGGUGGACAUGUGACCAAUCGCGUAACUGAAAAAGCUGACGUAAGCGGUUGCGGUGCUGAAAAAAAAAACAGGUUCCAAAAAUUUCCGGCGAAAAUUUUGCUGUUUGCACAAUGUCUAUUUUGGUUACUAGAGCGCUCGCAGCGCUGAAGCUCGGCCGUGCUACAGGUGUGCGCGCUGUUCGAAGAGAUUUUGGCAACUCGUUUGUCAGAUUCGCUGGAACUUUCGAUAGAUCCAAGCCCCACGUCAACAUUGGUACCAUCGGCCAUGUGGAUCACGGCAAAACCACUUUGACGGCUGCCAUCACCAAGGUGCUUUCUGAAAACGGAGGUGCCUCCUUUUUGGACUACUCGGCCAUUGACAAGGCCCCAGAAGAGCGUGCUAGAGGUAUCACCAUCUCGACUGCACACGUUGAGUACGAAACUCCUAAGAGACACUAUUCUCACGUUGACUGUCCGGGCCAUCAAGAUUACAUCAAGAACAUGAUUACUGGUGCUGCUCAGAUGGACGGUGCUAUCAUUGUUGUUGCUGCUACGGAUGGACAAAUGCCUCAAACCAGAGAGCACUUGUUGCUUGCUAGACAGGUUGGUGUUCAGAAACUGGUUGUCUUCGUCAACAAGGUCGACACCAUUGAUGACCCAGAGAUGUUGGAGCUUGUUGAGAUGGAAAUGAGAGAGCUUCUGAGUUCGUAUGGCUUUGACGGUGACGAGACCCCUGUCAUCAUGGGAUCUGCGCUGUGUGCUUUGGAAGGAAGAGAGCCAGAGAUCGGAAAGCAGGCCAUCGAGAAACUGAUGAACGCUGUGGACGAGUACAUUCCAACUCCGGUCAGGGACCUUGAGCAGCCAUUUUUGUUGCCUAUCGACGAAGUCUUCUCUAUCUCUGGUAGAGGUACUGUUGUUUCUGGUACUGUCGAGAGAGGUGUGUUGAAGAAGGGUGAGGAAGUUGAAAUUGUCGGAGGCAAGAACGCCACUCCUCUCAAGACCACAGUGACUGGUAUCGAAAUGUACCACAAGGAGCUUGACCAAGCUAUGGCUGGAGACACUCCAGGUAUUCUGCUGAGAGGUAUUAAGAGAGAGCAAAUUCAAAGAGGUAUGAUUCUCGCCAAGGUUGGCUCCCUCAAGUCCUACAAGAAGUUCCUGGCCUCCAUGUACAUUCUGACCAAGGAGGAGGGAGGAAGACACACUCCAUUUUCCGAGAACUACAGACCACAGAUGUUUGUGAGAACCACCAACGUCAGUGUCACUCUGAGAUUCCCAGAAUCGGAGGAGGACCACUCCAAGCAGGUCAUGCCAGGAGACAACGUGGAGAUGGUGUGCGAGAUGCUCCACCCUGUUGCUCUGGAGGUGGGCCAGAGAUUCAAUCUCAGAGAGUCAGGAAAGACCGUCGGUACUGGUAUGAUCACCAGACUGUAUGAGUAGUUGCUUGUAUAUGGAUUUGAGAGAGGGAUAGUUGUAUAGUUUAAAAUCCCUGGAAAGUAAAAUAAUCGAAUUUG